AUGUCCCUGGUCCCACCCGGGGGCACAGAUUCCCCAAGUCCCCGCCGCGCUGUCAGUCCCCUGCUAGAAUCACGAAGACCGCACUGCACCCUCGCUUGUGACUACUGUGCGGCCAUUUUAGAGGAUAAAUUUAGACGUAAUGCUGAUAUGCGUAACAGAGGAACAUCACCAUUAUCUGUAUCACCGCGUCAGUCCCUAACCGGGGAGCCACCCUGGACAUUACCUGAUGACGAUCGUCCAGACUUUUCGGCCCUAAAGGAAAAUAUACACAGGAUCAAUAAGGAUUGUGAAACGUCAACGCGGUUGGAUAUGCUGCUGACACAAGUGGAACAAUAUGCAAAUAACUUAGAGGCGCUGGUGGAAGAACGGACAUCAGAUUACCUGGAGGAGAAGAGGAAAUGCGAAGAGUUGCUCUAUCAAUUGCUACCUAAGUCCGUCGCAUCACAACUCAUAAUGGGCCAGCCAGUAAUGGCAGAGACUUACGACCAAGUUACAAUCUACUUCAGCGAUAUCAUCGGCUUCACCCAGUUGUCAGCGGAGUCCACGCCACUAGAAGUUGUUGAUCUACUCAACGAUCUUUACACCAGCUUCGAUUCUAUCAUCGAGAACUUUGACGUUUACAAAGUAGAAACAAUAGGCGAUGCAUAUAUGGUUGUUUCCGGUCUUCCGAUGCGCAACGGAAACCGACACGCAGCGGAAAUAGCAAGAAUGUCCCUCGCAUUACUCAAUGCUGUCAGGGUCAAAACUGUUCCACAUCGACCUGGUGAGAGAUUGCUGUUGAGGAUCGGUAUGCACACAGGUCCUUGUGUGGCAGGUGUGGUAGGUUUAAAAAUGCCACGAUAUUGCCUAUUUGGAGACACAGUAAACACGGCCUCUAGAAUGGAAUCGCACGGUGAAGCGCUAAAAAUUCACGUUAGCCCCAAAACAAAGGAAGUUCUAGAUUUAUACGACUGUUUUGAUUUAGAGUGUAGAGGAGAAAUCACUAUGAAGGGCAAAGGAAAAAUGACGACAUACUGGUUGCGAGGCGAAAAACGACAGAAUGAAACCCAAUAUGAGCAAAUAAACAAUGAACAAAAUCCUAUCAUGAAUCCCAGUAUAACCUUUCAAGGACCCGAUAGCCCGGCAUCACAUUCGCUCACUCACAGUGACAGUCCUAAGCGGAACGGAACGAAAGAUAACGCCAAAACAGUAGAAAUACUAAACGAAAGGGAUCGAAUCAAACACGAAAUCGCUUCUUUCGUUGCUAAAGAUCUCAUCAACAAUAUAGAUAACGCCGUUCGCGAAAUAAAACUAUCACAAAGUGGGAAUUUAAAUAAACUGUGUAAUGGUAACGGAAAGGAUUUGAUAACGCCGACAUAUGAUAAAGAACUUGUUAUCAAUAAAGGGAAGGUAAGAGAUGUUGUAAACAGGCUUAACAGUAGCUCAAAUGUAACUGAAGUUAAGAAUAGAUCUAAGAUAGAUAAUGUUAAGUAA